GGUAAACAGAAAGGGUUUAACUAUGAUCUUAUCGUGAAUCCACUGUGUACAAAAACACAGUUUACUUUUAGGAAGUACACUGUUGCAGCUAACAUUCCAGCCAAAACAUGCCCCAAUACUUUGAGAGAGAAUAUAACAGCUAAUGUGUGUGAUGUAUAUAUAUAAUGUAUUUAUACGUGUGUGUGUGUAUAUAUGUAUGCAUGUAUGUAUGUAUGUAUGUAUAUAUAUAUAUGUAUAUAUGUGUCUUUGUAUGUAUAUGUAUAUAUUUACAUAUACAUACAUUAUAUAUAUAGAUAGUCUGAAUUCUGAUGUAUCUGCUCAUAUUUAUGAGAUUUUUUUGGAGUGGGGCAUCAUUGUAAUUCUUGAAAUGUCGCACUACAUGCAAUCCACAAAAAAACACAUUUUACUUUCAGGAAGUUUGAUGUAGCCUAUUGUAAUGUUACAUUAUUAGUCUUUAAACUUAAAAUAAUGAGGUUUUGGCACACUUAACAGACUAAAUCAUAACUGAUUUUUUAAAAUCAUAACAAUUCUGAGCUACAAAGGUUUAAUUCUUCUUUUUAUCACUACAUUUAACAAGAUUAAAACCAUUGUGAACAAAAACGUCUUUUACUUUCAGGAAACAUUUUGAUGCCCCGAGCUUAUUCCAGCGACAACUUGCAUUAACCUCUAGAAAAAGAAGAAAAAAACUAAACUUAAAGAAAAUCAUAAAUAUAAACAGUUAUGUCAUAAUUAAGACUGAUUUAGUUCGUUGGGUAUGUAAAAAUGUCAUUUUGACUUAAAAGUCCAAUGAUGUAACACUAAGACAGGUUUACAUCAUAGUUAGAAGUUAAAUGUGGACUACAUUUAACUGCAUUAAAUCCACUGUGAAUCUUUUACUUUCAGGGAGUACACUGAUUAAAAUUUUUGGAAAAUGUAUUCCUCAUAAAUAUUAAAGGUCUGAUUAUGAUUAAGACUGAUUUGAUUUAGUUGAUUUUGAGUUUACAGACUAAUGAUGUAACACAUGCAGUCCAUGCAGUUGCUAAACCACCAACUAUGACACAGGUCUAUCUUCAUCAUUGAAGUUAAUGCAUGCCUUUGCUGGAAUAAGCUCAGGGACUCAAUGUACUUCCUGAAAAUAAAGGUGUUUUUGUUCACAGUGGACUUAAUGUAGUUAACUACAAUGUUUUAACUACAAAUGAAGUUGCCUCCAGGAAGUACGUGGAUGAACAUUUUUGGAAAAUAGUUAUCUCAUAAAUAUGAAAAGUCUCAUCUUAAUUACGACUGACUUGAUUUCGUUGAUUUCGAGAUUACAGACUAAUGAUGUAACACUGAGAUGAGGCCUACGUCACGGUUCUGACGUACGUCUGAGGAGACGUCGUGAGUUUUAACUCUUUCUGUCAUCGCGUCGACUUCACUGAUGUGUUUUACAUGUGCGUGAGCCGGGUUUUGGUUGGCUCAGGUCUCCACAGCCUCCCCUCCACAAUGGGCGUCAACGUCGGGCAGUGUUGUAGUCGUCCAGAGUUGGUUCGCGUUCAGCUCUGCCCCCCUGUGGGUAAAGUAAACCACCGCAUGGGAGUUUGUAUCCUGCCACCAAGGUUAGUCAUUAACCUUGUCUUCUCAGUCACUCAGGGCACCAAAGAAGGCGGACAGCGCUCUGUCCGAGGCAUGCUGCCGCUCGGCCGUCACUUCUCACCAUGGCCGACUGUAACCACUGCGCACGCGAGGGGGCUAUUCCCGCGGAGGACGACAUUACCGUAGUGUUUCACAGAGCCGACGGCCACGUCGCGAGCCGGGACGACGAGUGCGGCGAUGACGAGCUGACGGCGGAGAGGGUUCACCUGCAGCCGCGCGGCUGUCGUUUGUCGUGUGCUUACGGCGGCGGUGAUGAUGAUGCUGAGGAGACGGAGGACGCGAGGGGCAGCGAGGAUUCACCGGAAGGCGGCGAGGGGAGAGCGCUGUGCCCGCCGGCGUGUUGCGUCAGAGGCAAGCCCGCAUCCCGGGAAGGCCUAGAGAAACCAAAGCCAUGUCCAGGUCUCGGUCUGUUCUACGCCUUCCUGUCCACAGUUUUCUUCUCCAUCAUUGCCCUCUUGGUGAAAACCAUCCAGGGAGUCCACGCCAUAGAGAUCAGCGCCAUACGCUGCUUCUUCCAGAUGCUCUUCACUGCGCCGUUACUCAUCUACCACAAGACAGGUUUCCUUGGUCCCAGAGAAAAACGCAAGUAUCUGGUGUUCCGCGGUUUCGUCGGCUCCAAUGCCAUGAUCCUGCUCUUCUAUGCCGUUCAGCAGAUGCCGCUAGCAGAUGCCACUGUCAUCAUGUUCAGUAAUCCAGUGUUCACCUCCCUCCUGGCCUGGAUCUUCCUGAAGGAGAGGUGUACAAUCUGGGACUUGGUCUUCAUGGUUUUUACCCUCACUGGAGUCAUCCUCAUCGCCCGACCGCCAUUCAUCUUUGGCGAUCAUCUACGUGGCAUUGAGGGCAACUACACUAACCACAUCAAGGGGACUAUCGCCGCCUUUGCAGGAGCUGUUGGGGCCGCUUUUACUUACGUUGUCCUUCGCAAGAUCGGGAAGAGCGUCCAUUACUACCUCUCUGUCUGGUACUACGCUGUCAUCGGUUUCAUUGAGUGCAUCAUCACUGUAUCCGUCCUUGGGGAAUGGAAGAUCCCGUCCUGUGGCCGCGAUCGCUGGUUGCUGAUGCUGAUUGCUGUCCUGGGUAUCGCUGGCCAGAGCUUCCUCACGAAGGCCCUGCAGAUCGAGAAAGCCGGACCCGUGGCCUUGGUGAGGACUGUCGACGUGGUGCUGGCAUUCCUCUUCCAGUUCAUUUUCUUUAACCGUGCACCGACCUGGUGGAGCCUGGGAGGGGCGCUGUUCGUGGUGGCGAGCACCAGUGGAGUGGCUCUCCGGAAGUGGUACAGCAACUCUCGCAAGAGCUGAGAAAGAGAAGCAACGUAGAAUACUCUGGUAUUACUGUUUAUUGUUUUUUUUAGUUUCAUAUGUUCCUGAUUUAUUCUGUAUUUUCCUUGUUUUUUACAUGCAAACAUGUGAGGAGGCUUGAGCGCGUUGCGGAGUUAAAACAAGAAAUAUAGGAGGAUAAUCUAGUAGAGGUCAGAUGAAAAAGUCAAAAUUGAAUUCCGUACAUCUAUACAUGUUGAUUCCUAAGAGUCAACCUGUGUAAAACCAUUUUCCAUAUUCUUUUUUUGUGUAAAUUGACUCAUAAAUAAGAGGACAGAAAAACUGUUGUUGCCCCAAAUCAUAUCCUGCUCCCUGGAGCAUUUUUAGCUAACAAACUGCCUAUUCAAAAGAGAUUUUCUAUCUUCUCUUUGAUAAAAACUCUACAGCAUAAACGGGGCUGAAAGCUGAAUGAUAAAGCAGAGUGGUGAAGUAUAUCCACAGUCCCAUUUGCCUUUUGCUUUUCGCUACAUAAAAUAGCCAAAGAGAACGGAGUGCUGCAGGGAUGACGCGUUUUGGUGGACCAAAAUUAGCACCGCCCCUCUUUUCCGCCACAAAAAAACAAUGAGAUUUUUUUCCAUGUGAUUUUGAUUUUUGCAGCAAAUAAGCUCUACAAGAACCAGAAAAAAAAUAAGUUUAUGAUUGACCACAACUUAUAUGCUUUUUUAAGCUGAAGUGCAAUGGUCAGGGGUAACAUCCCUUCAGUGUCAACGCCACUAAACUUUAAGCCAGACUAGUUUGGAAAAAACAAAAACAGUGAUGGUUAAUGUCCCUAACAACUUUGUUAAUCUCAUUUAACCACUUGCAACCGCCAUUUUUACCGUCAGACAUGUAAAAACGCUUGAAAAUUUGCAGGUGUGUGAAGGAAAGGAACAAAAUGACAAAAUGAAAAGCCUAAUAGGUCUCCUUUAAUUAUUUUCCGGGUUUUUACGACUCAUUCCUGCAGCACUUUACUGGGACCAAUCAUACUGUGUCAUAUAACAUGGCAAUCAUGUUAAACGUUACACUUACACUACAUAUUUAAUUAUAUAGUAGCAUGGACACUGUAAAAUUUGAUAAAUGUGUGUUUAUUUAAAAAAGUCAAGGAAAACGGAUCACCUCAUAAUUACCAAGUAAGUCAAGUAAUAAUUUCAAGUUGUUGACAUUUUUUUUAGCUCGUGCAACGUAAAUAUGAUGCUUUACCUGAUAGUUCUGAGGGUUAGUGCGUUUUCUGACUUUUUAAAAAUCAAGUAACCUUUUAAUAUUCACAUUGUCACUAUCAUAAAAAACUACUUGAUAUGCGUGUGGUGCUGAUGGUAACACGUGUCACUCUGUUGGUUUUUUUUUUCCAGUAAAUGGAAUGUUUUAUUAUAAAGACACUGAAAAAGUUUAAAAAGAAUUCCAAAACUAAAGUUUUUACUUGAAAACAGGGUACACUGUGAAAUCAGAAAAAGUGACUUUUACUUUGAAAGAUUGAGGAAACCGAUGACCACGUACAGUAGACUAAUCAUUUUAAGUUUUCAAAUCAUUUUAGUUCAUACAAUUUAAUUUAGAAGCCUACAUGGUAAUUCUGAAGUAACUGGUUUCCUGCCUUUUUUUGAAAGUACAGUCAACUUGCAGUGGAGGAUUCUCUCAGGGAUCACUUGCCUAACAGCUUAACAUGCUCGGAUUUGAAUUACACCAAAAUGCAACACAAACGUUCUUAUUCAUGAAGCAUUUUUAUGCCUUUGUAUUAAAUUGAUUUUUAAAUUUUUAUUUGAUCACCCCCAUUUUAUCCAACACAUUCAAAGAAAAAUAGCAUAAUAAGAUAGUAAUAGGAUAAUUUCUUAAUGAUAUCUCUGAAGUGCCUUAAGUAGGGAAUGUUAACCUCCGGCUUCCCUCAGCUGAGCUGCUCAGUAACAAGCAACUUGCACUGGGCAGCUCUGAUCGUGCGUAUUCAUGUGAAGUAGGAUGCAUCUGAAAAAAAAACACUCAAAAUGCUUAAGUGACAAAGUCCAACGGCAUUUUUUAAAGAGGCGCAUGAGACAUGAUCCAGGAAGGCAAGACCGAGCUCUUUAUCAUCUCAGGAGGAGUCGACUCUCUCACUUGUCUAGCACUUAAUGUCAUCUGAGAACUAAAGCAUCCAAUUAGCAGCACAGCUGUCUAAAAAUAUGUUUUCUAUGAUGCGGGGCGGGGGGGUGUUUGCACUUUGUCUUCGCUUUAGGGUAGAAUGAGUGUCAGUGACCUGCCACUAUAGUUCAGCAAAUAAUGAUCAUCCAGACGGCUACACAUAAGGUUUGCUGGGCUAAGGUGAUGUUGAGGUGUCGUUUUUGUCAACCUCAGCCACGUGUGAUAAUUGUGCCAAGUCGACGGUGUGUGUAGUCCCCUUAAGAUCAUCACGUUUUACCUGGCUGAGUUCAGGUUUGUCCAGGUUAUGAAAACAGGUGUUUUGGAUAAUAUCAGAUGAGUUAAACUCCCAGCGAAAAAGAAAGAAGAAGUGAGACUUAAAAUAGUGUGUUUUGUCCUUCGUAUCAAAGAUGAUCUUUGUGUUAUUGUUUGUAGAAAAACUCAAACACCCCUGAUUUCAUGGGUUGUGGGUUUGCUAGAAGAGCAGCCGGUGUGAUCUGCGUUUUUUUGUCUGACAUUAUUAAUCCUGUAUGUUUAGCAUUUAGUCAAGGUGUUUCCCACUGUCACGGCUGAUAAUGUCAUAGCGCAACUGCACUCAUCUGUUGCAGACGUGUCUAAUCAGGUGCUGGAAAAGUCGGUGCUGCUUGACUGCCGUUUAAUAUCCGGCGGUUUCUUCCCCGCUGUUUUUCCCGUUGAGAUCUGUGUCAGCACCUCGGCAUCAUCAGACAUGCCUCCAAUCAUAGUUCCUCCCCAUGUGAACUCUCAUUAACAGUUGAACCAUUCAGUUUUCAUGUUGUUGUUUUUGUUGACCCCGCGACCCUGCAGAGGAUUAAGCGGCGUACAUAUAAUGUACAGAUAAUGGAUGGAUGGAUGGAUGGAUGUUUUUGUUGAAUAGGCAACGCUUCUUACAAUGGUGAUGUACGGCAGGGUCAAAAAGUCUGACGCCAAUAGUCAAAAUAUCUGUAUUUGCAUUUGUUUAUAAUGCAACACUGUUUUGUUCAUUAUAUAUUGUAAUAUAACCAUAUUAAUAUAAGGAAAAUGUUGAAUCAUGGAUGAACAUGAAUGUGAGAAUCAUAGUAUGGACUCCACAAGUUUUUCAAAACACUUCUUUUUUUUUGCAUUUAUUUCCAGUGUAGCAGUAUGUUUAUCUUUACAAAGUAUGUUAUCAGUUAAAACAAUCUGAGAGAAAAGUGUAUGUCUUGAGCUGUAAUGGCGGCACUGAAGCUGGCAUGGACUCAUGGACUUUUCUCAUAGUUAUCCCAGCGUUACUUGAUUUCUCAUAGUGCCUGGCUUUCUCAGUCUUCAAGAGGUCAGAGACUGUGGAGGAAAGUCCGCGACAGUCAGGACUCCUUGAAGAACUCAAGUAAGUUCCUGCAAAGGGAGACUGGGGUCAUUAUGCUUCUAAAGUAAGAAUCCAACACAGCGUGUGUAAUGCGUCUCUGAAUAAUGGAGUGGUACCUCUCAUGAAGUCUCUUUAAGGCUGAGAAGGCUGAGCAUGCUGUGAGAUUACAGGAAGCUUGUUGGAACGCUGUCAAAUAAUGCUGGUAUAACAGGAGUCAUUACAAACCUUAUGGAGUCCAUGCCAGCUGGAGUGCAUGCUGCCAUAAAAGCAAAAGCGAGACACACCAUUUUGACUCGGCUUGUCAUUAGAACUGUCAAACAUAUAUUAUCGUUUGAAACGAUGGAAUCAAAUUGUCCACGCGUCCUCAUGCGAAACAAAUGCUGCUCAGACAUGUUUUUACAAACUUGCGGAGUCCAAGCCAGCCCAAGUGCAUGCUGUAAUUAGAGCAAAACAGGGACAUAGUAAAUACUAUGAAAUCUGGUAAUCAUGUACAUUCAAGAUUCAACUCUUUACUGAAUCCGUUAAGCUGAUGUUCUAAUUUCUAAUAGAAAAUAAUAAUAUUGCAUUAGAAACAAAUGCAAAACAGAGGAGCAGCAUUUUUGACUAUUGGUCUCGAGACUUUUUGACCCGACUGUAUGUGUGUCUCCUCACGAAGGCAAACAGAGAUUCCACAGGGGAACAUAAAGAUUUUAAAAUUGCCCUACAGCAGACGGCACAGUGUGAUAUGUGAACGCUUUAUGAGAGCAGGGCUCCCCGUUCUAUGCUGGACAAAACACUCUCCUGUGGGAGUUUGUUUAAUUUUUCCAUUUCCGUGCAAUUUUGCUGUGUUUUGAAAUUCAUCUCAUCUCUGCACAUUAUAGCAUUAUGCAAGUUGCUCUGAUUAGGGUCGCACAGAACCAGUUCCGAAUUUUAAAAAAGGCAUUGCUUCAAAAAGUGCGAUGCUCCCCACUUGUUUUAAAGAGUAGAAACACAGUUAAAUUAUUAAUUUUGGUUGAUUAUACAACAGGCCCGUGGAUAUAAUUAAUCUUUUAGUCAUACUUGAGUGUGGGGGGAAUUUUUACAAAAAUAAAUCAUAGUUCAUAAUACAGUAGGACGUCCUGGUUACUUCAGAUUCUGUGUUCUGCGUGUUUGAUUUGCUUUUACAUUGAGUUCUACUUCUCGCGAUAUUAGUUUAGUUAGACUUGACUGCUGGUAGAGUAAGCACAAUGUGUUGUAUUUCCAUCAAACAUUUGUUUCAAGACCUCGAAGCCUUACAAACCUACGGAAAAAAAGCUGUUUUUAGGGUUUUUUAAACUAUGCUUUAAUAGUAUUUAUUUUACUAUUUCUGUAAUUGUGUUACAUCGACAUAUUCUAUAAGAUGUAUAUAUUUCUGCAUAGCGACUGAUUAUAUUUAGUACAUUAUGAUUUAAUAAUAAACUCUCUAUGAAGUUGUCACUCUCA